GUAUGCUUUCCGUCGAACAUCUAUCGGUGACGAAAUCUGUCAAAUUGUGAAUUAAAUUAAUCAACAGAACUAUUAAACAAUACACGUUUGUGGUUUUUUUUUUCAAUUCAUUAUAAUAAUAUUUGUUCAUUGUGUUUGAGUGAUUUGUGAACUGAUGUGUUUUUAUUUAUUUGAGAUGUCUUUUUGUGAUGUCCGUGGCAUUAUGUAAGAAGUUCGAAGCGAGGUAAAGAAGAACGGGGUCGCGAUGAGCUCUCCGGAGCCUCUGGUGCUCCAAGCGCUGCAGGGAAACACACAGCUCAGUGACAAGUGGCCUGGACCUCGUGCCGUCAAGAUAUUCGUCGCUUCCGUAUACAAUGAUUUUCGAGAAGAAAGACGGCAGAUCUUAGAAAUGGUCGGACCUGAACUCCAGUCAACUUACGAUGAUCGAUACAUCGAGAUUGAUUUUGUGGAUAUGCAUUACGGAACAGACGGUGGAGAUGAAACGAAUCCGGCGUUAUUACGGUAUUAUCUGGACGAAAUAAGGUCUUGUAAUCAUUCCUCCAAAGCUGGAUAUUUUGUUUGUCUCUUUGGUGGUGAUGCCUCAUUGUACCACCCAGUUUUGCCUUAUAAGAUACCGUCAGAUAUCUUCGAACAGAUGGUCAUAUCAGAAACAGCACAGGCGGACCUUGUUCGCGCCUGUUACCGUCUUAGUAGUGACGGGAUUUACCACCUGGAAGACGAUGACAAAUGGAUUCUUACGAUUGAAAUACUAUGGGUUGAUCAGCUUAAAAUAUACAAAGAUAUACAAAAAUCAUUCAUCGAAACGAUUACUCAGCCGGCCUCAACAAAACGUUUAAAUCAUGCUAUGAUCGCUCUUUCACUCCGUCCCAUCUAUUUAGCUCGUUACAAUUUACGAGCGUCCCCUUGCAGGUCCGAUUACUCAGCUGGCUCGUAA